AUGGUAUAUGGUGGUAAACCUAGUACAGGUUGUGGGAACUGUCGCUCGCGCAAGAUCAGAUGCGACCAGGCCCGACCGGUCUGCGGGAAGUGUACUCGAACUAACAGAAAAUGCCUUGGAUACCGCGAUGAGCUGUCGCUGAUGUUCCGCGAUGAGACCGAAUCUGUUGCGCGGAAGGCGCGGUCUUCUCAGUCUUCCUCUGCAGCUUCCACCCCGUCGUCCUCAUUUAUACCCCGAAUGUCGUCCCGGUCGGCGCGUUCUGUUCUCCCAAAACGAUGUUACGUAUCCCCAGUGACCAUAUACUCAUGUAAAAGUUUGAAAGGCCCAGAUUUUGGUUUCGGUUCCGAUCCUAGGUACAAACUUUGUAUGCGCGAGGCCAGGCAGAGUCCUGUAGAGACACAUCUCAACACGACAGUUUCGAAGCAGGAGGCUAUUUGCUUUUUCCUCCAGUCGCACACCAUUUCCGGUAGUUUUCUAGGAAUCGACACUUGGACAAACUUUCUCAUGGAUUCUAGUGAGUCACUAGGCCAACGAGCUAUACAAUGCAGCAUCGUAGCAGUUGCCAGCGCCAUGCUCUCGCGUGUUCGAAGAGUCGCAUCACUGAGGCGCGCCGCACUUCAAGAAUAUGGAUCUGCGCUCAAGUUAGUCAAUCAAGCGCUCGCCAACCCCGACCAGGCUAAGACGGACCAGACCCUUGGUGCGGUUAUCCUUUUAGCUUUAUAUGAAAUCAUCAGUUGUCUCCAGCGCGAUGUGCACGUACCCAGCUCGCUACUGGAAUGUCCAACGCUCGACAUAACCCCCGCGAUCAAUGAUGCGUUUGGCACUGAGAUUAUCUUAAUCAUUAGCAAGUUGUCGAAUCUACGUGCAAGUAUUCACACGCAAGCCUUGAACGAUCCCCAAGAGAUCCUCAGUGCGGCUUGUGCCAUCGAAGCAGACCUUCUCGCCUGGUUAGCCGCUCUGCCACCGGGCCUUUCAUAUAGUAGCCAUAAAUUGAUGCCACUGGACCGUUCUUUUGAACGCCGCUGUCACGGAAUUCGACCCUACAACGACGAAUACCACAUCUAUCCAGACAUCUGGGUGGCCAAUUGCUGGAAGCACUACCGUUACGCACGCAUUAUUGUCAGCGAGCUUAUAUUAUCACAAGUCCACAAGCUAUCAAAUAGCUCGCCUACCUAUUUAUCCAAAGACUUUCGUUUGUACUGCAAGUCUCUACGUUCAACCAUCCGUCGCCUAGGUGCCGACAUCUGCCGCAGUGGCCCAUUCCAUCUGGGUGCGUGUAACUUGGAGGUGCUUCCAGAAGCGCCUAUACUCCCACCAGAGAGCUACCUGGGCGGCCUCAUGAUGCUCUGGCCCCUAUUCAUUGCUGGCAUGGUGGAAGGACCGACUCAUCCACAGCGGCGGUGGGUAAUACUGUGUCUUCAGACGAUAGGGAACACGUGGGGACUGGCACAGGCGCUGGCUCUGAUGGAUCUUCUCAUCGUGGACCCGGGGAUGUUCCAUUCCGUGGAAAGAUAUGGCGAAGCCGCUGAUACGGCGGUUGGGUCGCCGGAAGUACUUCCGUUCUCCAUCUACCAUGUGCCUUAUUAUAAUCUUUCUGCAUUAAAGGAGUAUCGAGAGCUUCAGGCAUCUUCGGCGUGA